UCUAUAUUUAGAAAUAUAUAUAUUAUCACGCAUAUAUAAGUACAUAUAUGAUAGUGUGCCUGCAGUCAUCUGUAAUAUAUAUAUGAUUAUUGCAUAAAAAAUGUUAAAAUAUUAUUUUUGAUAACUAAAUUGAUUCCAAAAAAAAAGUACGUAAAUUUAUAAUGGAAUAAGGUAUUUAUUAAUAAUGGCAGCUCUAAUGAAGAAACGAGUGUUAGCUGAAUUCACUCAGAGCCAGGUUAUAAAUGAACCUCCAACUAAACGGUUAAAAACUCUAAGGCUAUUGUCAACAAGUGGUACAAAGAACACUACCGAAGGCAGUUCAGCAUUAGCUUAUAUAGAGUGUCUUGAGAAAUGUAAGAGUGGAAAUGAUGCAUUACAAUUGCUUGUUCGUAUCUCGGAUUCUAUAACAUAUAUAGCACCUGAGGAUGUUCCUAUAGCUAUAAAAAAGCUAACAGAAAGAUUUAUUGUUGAGAAUGAAGCUGCAGUUCGAGCUAAGAUUUUUUGGGUGUUUGCUGAAUUAGGAGAAGUGACACCAGAUACAGUGGAAAAAGCAAAAAUUGUAAAUGAAACAGCUGAACUUUUAAGAAAUGAGGAAUCACAUAGAGUAAAGAGUCAGGGAUUAGCAACACUAUUAAAAUUGGGAGAUUAUCAAAGAGCACUUGUAUUGAAAAUUGCACAGGAUCAUUUGCCUGAUACAUGGCAUGGCGUUCAAACACGAUGUCUUUCCAUCAUUGGACGUUAUCUAACAGCGAACGCUGCUGAUGAUAUUUUAACAUUAAUUGGCAAUUAUGCUCGUUCUCAAGAUCCAAGAGUUCGUGCUCAAGCUUUUGAAACCAUGGCAGAAUUGCAUUCUCACAGAGGUUGUAGACUUCCGGCAAGUUUCUUUAGGGAAGCAUGUGCAGCUCUUCGGGAUGAUUAUGAAAUUGUACGCAGAGUUGUUUUGAAACUUAUCUGGCUUUUGGGCAAGGAAUAUCCAGAAAAUAUUGUUGUUGGAUCUGAUGGAGAAGAUAUACGUAUGGUGGAUUGUGCUUUUUCGCAAAUUUGUAGUCUCAUGGGUGAUUUAUCACCUCGUGUGAGAGCUUCAGCAAUGUCCCUUUUAGGAACAAUGAAAAGUGUAUCGCGUCGUUACAUAGAACAAGCACUAGAUAAAAAACAAAAAAUAGUCGAAACAGAUAGAUCUGAAGUUGAAGAAAAAAGUGGAUCUUGUGGGGCAUUUAUUCAUGGUUUAGAAGAUGAAUUUUUAGAGGUAAGAACUGCAGCGGUUGAAGCACUCUGCACGCUUUCAUUAGAACAGCCGAGUAUAGCAAGAGUUUCAUUAGACUUUAUGGUGGAUAUGUUCAAUGAUGAAAUUCAAGACGUUAGAUUAAGAGCUAUCGAAUCUUUAAGGAAAAUGUCGACAAGCGUGACUCUACGAGAAGAUCAAUUGGAAACAAUUUUAGGCGCGUUGGAAGAUUUCUCGGGAGAAGUGAGAGAAGGUCUGCACGCUAUGCUAGCCGCGAGUCACCUCGCCACCACAAAUUGUCUUUAUAUGUGUGUUAAUCGUUUGCUGGACAAUUUGACUCGUUAUCCUCAAGAUAGAGAAAGCAUUAGGAGUUGUUUGGCAGCAUUAGGCGCGUCACAUCCAUACUUAACGUUGCCUCUAGUACCGCAACUUCUCGGCCGACAUCCUUUCUUCGACACACCCGAACCAGAUGUGGAUGAACCGUCCUAUGCAAGUGUGCUCGUUUUAAUAUUCAAUGCCGCGUUACAUUGUCCAAGUAUGCACGCCCUAUUUACAGAACAUGCUUCCAAGCAUUAUCACUAUUUGCGCGAUACUAUGCCGCAUCUAGUUCCACGAUUACGGCCAGCACUUACGAGCGGAUCAGGGAUUAAAAUGGAAGAUAUGGAUAACGAGGAGAAUAUAGAUCAACGUGGUCGAGAGUUUUUGGAGAAAAUGGUAGCUGGAAUUGAGAAUGCCAGACCAGGAGGCAGAGUUCACACACAGCUUUUGGAAGCUGCGGCAAUUGAUCUUGAUCGCUUAGCAGAAAUGGAUCAUCACAUGGAAGGUGCAGCACGUUUCACUGCACUAUACAUUCGAUGUCUGCUAUUAUUAAAAUCCAUUCUCAAAGAGUUUUCUGUUUCAUCGGGGACGUCUAUCUCGGCUAAUCCAAUACCGAAUACUAGCAACAACAUUUCCGUUCUUCUUCAACACGCGCAAAAAUUACAACGUUUAUUUAGUGGAUUGGGCGAAACUGAAAUUAUAUUGGCUAAUGAUAUGUGGUUGAAAGCACUCUCUAUAGAAUUAGUUAGGGUGACCAAGAGCGCGACCGGUAGCGCGUUACCACUGGCUCGUCAUUUUCUAUCAGAAGCUGACGCUUUGCCUCAAGAUACGUCGAGACUACCACUGUUUUCCAAAGCUCUGGUUUUACAGAUCCCUAGUCUAGCCGACGUAAAGCCAGGUUCCUUGACGCGGCUCUUGCUACCAUUGCUCUUGACGCCGAUGGCGCAAGGAGAUGAAAGAUUGCCAAGACCAUCGGCAACAACGCGCUUUUGUCGAGCGCAUAUCGAGGAACCAAGGGGCGACGCCGAUGCCGCGCUAAAAUUCACAGGCGGUCUCUUAUUGGGAAUUCCUCUGAAUGCAAAGAUAUUGAAUCUACGCGAUCCGGCUACGCUGCGAAUAAAGCUGAGACACCCGGAUCAACAAGUGCAAUUAUUGUUACCGCGGCAGUCGGAUUUGCGUAUGCAGCAUUCCGAUCAGAAAGAUUACAGAUUAAGGACGACAGUUCUUUUAUCACAUCAAGUAUGGAUGGAGCCUUGUAAUGUAGAAAUCUCCCUAGCACUACUGGUACCAUCGUCUUCGAUUUGUACACAUCCGCCUUUAGAUGAUCCAUGCGUGAUUGAUCUAUGUAAACCUACUAAGGUAUCAAUUGCACCGAAAGCCAUCAAAAGAGGCAUAUGAUUACAUCAUUAUUACAAUAAUCAUCUGUAUACUUCUCUUUUCGAUAGUUUAUUUUGUACAUGUCUUUAUAGAUUAAAAUUUAAUAUUUUACUGUUUUUCACUUGAGUGGGAAAUAGCAAUAAAAAGUAUAAGAUUAU